GACCGGCGGACGCGGGCGGGCGCGACGCCCCUGCUGCUCGCCGCGGAGGCUGGCAACGCCUCCGUGGCCGGCAUCCUCUGCGAAGCCUCGGCCGACGUCGCCCUGGCGCCGCCGGACGGCGCGACGCCCCUCGGCAUGGCGGCGCAGAACGGGCACGCCGCGGUCGCCGGGCGCCUCUGCGGCGCCGGGGCGGACGCCGGCGGGCCGACGCACGGGGGGCUCGCGCCAGUGCGGGUCGCGGCCCAGUUCGGGCACGAGCAGGUGGUGCGGCUCCUGUGCGAGGCGGCCGCGCAGGGCGCCCGCCCCGGCCCCGGCGACCUGCUCCCGCCGCUCCUGGCGGCGGCGCAGGCCGGGCACGCCGCGGUGGUGCGGUGCCUCUGCGUGGCGCGGCCCGCGUCGGACGGCGGCCGCACCAGCGCCGUGGCCGUGGACUCGGCGCUUGCGGACGGGUGCACGCCGCUGAUCGCCGCGGCGCGCUUUGGGCACGUGGAGGUCUGCGGCGCGCUGCUCGCGCUGGGAGCCUCCUGCAGCGCCCGGGUCGCCGGGAACUCGGCGCCCUCUGAUCAUCGGGCGCGACGGCAACGCGCGGGAGGUUGCGUGGGGCAGCGGCCACGUGGAGCUCGCGCAGCUGCUGGGCGGCGACGUCGCGCGGCAGCUCUUCGUCGCCGCGGAGAGGGGCCUGCUCGGCUUCGUGCGCCACGCCCUGUCGGCGAGGGCCUGCCCCGACGCGCAGCAGCAGCACGGCAGCGCCACGGCGCUGUACGUGGCGGCGCAGAACGGGCACGCGGAUCUCGUGCGGUUCCUCUGCGAGGCGGGCGCGGAGGUCGACCGCCCGCACGCGGCGCCGGGUGGGGGGCGCGGCGUUGA